GAUUAAAGAAGGGGUAAAAUUGAGAGUUGACGAGUGAGUAGGAGCGAGAGGGAGAGAGACAGAGUAAUGCACGCAUGGACAGAAUGUCAUGCAGCUCUUUUCUGUUCAGACAUAGAAGUGGGCUAGGUUCAUGCUUGUUUUAGGGGAUUUAGGAUCUUCUGAGUGUGGAUUAGAGGUACUACUGUAUGUGUUUCAACUCUGAUAUGAACAUCGCUCUUCAGACCACGAUGUGACCGGGUGAUAGGAUCUCCUGGACCCCACCUCAGAACUCUAACCUCGGGUGGGACCUUUAGAACUCCAAAGAAAGGGGGAAGAGAGACAAAGACAGAAAAAAUAGGAACAAGAACGAUAGAAGAGAGCGGGAGGGAAGAGAGAGGGAGGGUCAAGAGUGUUACUUCACACUGAGGAUAGGGGAUGGGAAAUUGUACCAAGCCAUCCAUGAAAAACAAAAUGAAGAAGGACAGGGACCUACGACCAGAGGAGAUUGAAGAGCUUCGCGAGGCAUUUGUGGAGUUUGAUAAGAAAAAGAAUGGCUACAUCAGCUAUAAGGACCUGGGAGAGUGCAUGAGGACCAUGGGCUACAUGCCCACAGAGAUGGAGCUCAUAGAGCUGGGCCAGUCCAUCUGUGGCGGCAAACUAGACUUUGAGGACUUUGUGGAGCUGAUGGGCCCAAAGAUGCUGGCAGAGACAGCAGACAUGAUCGGAGUGAAAGAACUGAGAGAUGCAUUCAAGGAGUUUGAUGCUAACAGUGAUGGUCAGAUCAGUAUAAUGGAGCUGAGGGAGGCCAUGAAGAAGCUCAUGGGAGAACAGCUGACCAACAGAGAGAUCGACGAGAUCCUCCGAGACGUGGACCUCAAUCAGGACGGACUGGUCGACUUUGAGGGUGAGAGAGAAUUUGUUCGAAUGAUGUCACGCUGAGAUAACCAGAUGGCGUUGUUGUGUAACAACUGGAAAAGGGACCACUACAUUUGCAGUGAACAACUGGAAAAGGGACCACUAUAUUUGUAGUGAACAACUAGAAAUGGGACCACUACAUUUGUAGUGAACAUUAUUGUUCUACUGACUGGACCUCGGUUUGUAAUUUUUUGUUUAGCAGCACUUAAAUUGAGUGAACUCUUAAGGUAGUUCUACAAAUCUUAGAACUCAAGCUGUGACAGUUAAAUUGAACAUUGAUUGGUUGUAACAUAUCAAAAUCCAAAUGCAUGGCUGUCAUGAUUAUAUCUUAUCUUUUUAAAGUGUCUUUUUUGGUUGUUGAAGUCAAUGUUUUUAUUCUGUGUUCAAAGGUUUAACCUUGUUUGUAAAAUGUGACGUUAUUUUCAAAUAAAAAGUAAUCUGUGUUUC